GUGGUCGAGCACGUACGAGAUGGUGACGCGCUAUGUGAAGCUCCAGCCACCAUAAUCAAGCUGGGCCAUGACCUUCUGGUCAAGUACGAAGUACAGCCGCUUUUGCUGCGGCGCGCCGAGCACGAGCGAGUCAAGGCGUUGGAGAAGGACCUGGUGAAGUUCGAGGGCGUCACGAAAGAGCUACAGAGGUCUACGCUAACUUUAUCUACUGUGCACCGUCUUUUC